UAUCCCACACUGCCCCGCGCUCCUCCAUUCCCCUCAUACCGCCACUAUCCCACACUGCCCCGCGCUCCUCCAUUCCCCUCAUACCGCCACUAUCCCACACUGCCCCGCGCUCCUCCAUUCCCCUCACACCGCCGCUACCCCACAGCGCCCCGCGGCCCCGCGCAGCCAUGGCGUACCGCGGGCAGGGCCAGAAGGUGCAGAAGGUGAUGGUGCAGCCCAUCAACCUGAUCUUCCGCUACCUGCAGAACAGAUCCAGGAUCCAGGUGUGGCUCUAUGAGCAGGUGAACAUGAGGAUCGAGGGCUGCAUCAUCGGCUUUGAUGAGUACAUGAACCUGGUGCUGGACGAUGCUGAGGAAAUUCACUCCAAAACCAAAUCCAGGAAGCAGCUGGGACAUCCCACAGAUCAGCCACCCUUCCCCGCAGCUCCCGGGAUCCUCCUGCCCUUCUCCCCACCCGAAAUCCGCCCCCUCCUCCCACACCAACCCCUCCAAAACCCCGAGGACGUCACCGGGUUACCGAAAACCAGCGGGGGCACGAGAAAUUGGGGUGUCGAGAAGCCGGGGCCGCCCCUAUCGGGGGCCGAUCUCCUGUUCGAGCAGCUGGGCUCGGCUCUGACUUGA